ACUUGCGGAGAGCGCCAGCCCAGCUCGCUCAAGCUCGCAGCACUCGCCAGCCCCCAGCCGCAAGACCCUAGCGAGUGUGCCACUUCACUGGGCUGCUGCUCCGGUCCUCGAGUUGCCUUGCUGUGGUGGUCUUCCGCGACGCACACACGUCUCUCUCUCUCUCUCUCUCUCUCUCUCUCUCUCUCUCUCUCUCUCUCUCUCUCUCUCUCUCUCUCUCUCUCUCUCAACCUUUCCAAAGAUAUAAAAUAAGCGUCAAGCUGGCGGGAACGAUGGGUCACAUAAAGAAAGGCGAGCUGACCCAGGAGGAAAAGGAACUGCUGGAAGUGAUCGGGAAAGGUACCGUCCAAGAAGCAGGAACACUGUUGUCUAGUAAGAAUGUUCAUGUCAACUGUUUGGAUGAGAACGGGAUGACUCCUUUAAUGCAUGCUGCGUAUAAAGGAAAACUUGAUAUGUGCAAAUUACUUCUCCGGCACGGAGCUGAUGUCAGUUGUCAUCAGCAUGAACAUGGAUAUACAGCCCUCAUGUUCGCUGCCCUUUCUGGUAAUAAAGACAUCACAUGGGUCAUGCUGGAGGCGGGAGCAGAGACUGAUGUUGUGAACUCGGUGGGAAGAACAGCUGCCCAGAUGGCAGCCUUUGUGGGUCAGCAUGACUGCGUGGCUAUCAUCAACAAUUUCUUCCCUCGAGAGAGACUGGAUUAUUACACUAAACCCCAGGGACUGGAUAAAGAGCCAAAACUGCCUCCAAAGUUGGCAGGCCCACUGCACAAAAUCAUCACCACAACGAAUCUCCACCCUGUGAAGAUCGUGAUGAUGGUGAAAGAGAACCCUCUGCUGGCAGACGCGGCUGCUCUUGGCAAAUGCUACAGGGUGAUGGAUUUGAUCUGUGAGAAGUGCAUGAAGCAGAGAGACAUGAACGAAGUCUUGGCUAUGAAAAUGCACUACCUCAGCUGCAUCUUCCAGAAAUGCAUUACCUUCUUCACAGAAGGAGAGAGUAAGCUGGAUGCCCUGAUCAAAAGCUUGUUGAAAGGCCGAGCAUCUGAUGGCUUCCCAGUGUAUCAGGAAAAGAUCAUCAGAGAAAGCAUCAGGAAGUUUCCGUACUGUGAAGCUACACUCCUGCAGCAGCUGGUGCGAAGCAUCGCUCCAGUUGAAAUUGGUUCUGAUCCCACCGCAUUCUCUGUACUUACCCAAGCCAUCACAGGACAAGUGGGCUUUGUGGAUGUUGAAUUUUGUACCACCUGUGGAGAAAAAGGAGCGAGCAAAAGGUGCUCCGUUUGUAAAAUGGUAAUAUAUUGUGACCAGACGUGCCAGAAAACACAUUGGUUCACACACAAGAAGAUGUGUAAGAGUCUGAAAGAUGUGUAUGAGAAGCAACAGGCUGAAGCUGCCAAGCAGAAGAGACAGGAGGAAAAGAGUGGAAGGCCUGAUGUCAAUUCUAACCACGCUAGUGAAGAUCAACCAGAAGCUGAAGUGGGCAUCUCUCAAGAAAAUUCCACUCCUGGCGAUUCUGCGGAAGGGGAGAAGGAAGCUGGCCAUGACGCUGGACUGGCCAGUGCACAGGACGCUCCGACAGGGCCACAGCUGUCCGAGGAGUAAAGGCGGUUGACAAUGGCCGGCACGGGCGGUCUUCAUCCUGGCCGAUAGCUACAGAACUGACGUGAAUGUACCUUCCUUUGCUCUGACACUGCAUGGCACAGUGGCAGGAUUGCACAUCCCUAGAAUAGAGGCUUUCAAGCAACGCUGCCUCCCACGCCUUGAUUUCCUGUUGGUUUCUGUUCUAUAAUUGAACAGGCAUUUCUGUGGAAAUUUUUUUUCUUUUUUCAAAAUACACAAAAGCAAGUCCAUUCCUUUGCUGGCUCCCCAGUGAUUGUAUACAAAGGAAAAGAAAUCACCUUAAAGAAGAAAUCUGGGUUCUAGGGAACAAAGAGAAGAAUAGGGAAGAUGUGAAAGAAAAGCAUGUUUAGGAAAGAAAGAAUUGUGGGCACAGAGAUGGGCAGUCAGAGAAACAAAACUCACCUGUGAAUGUUGUCCUCAAGUUGGACGUACAAAGCUGUGAUGAAGAAAGCUCUGUGUUCCUAAAGCUUUACCAUAGUUCAGCCUCCUGUAGUUUAAAUAGGAAUUUCAAGAGCACUUUGAACCCCAUGUUCCUUGCAGCAAUACGCUACAUGAUUUGAACAAUCAGAAAGGUUGGAUCCAACCCUGGGUAGUCACUGUACACAUUUCCUACUGUAGAGCCGCCACCACCCCCACCCCCACCCAUCCUCCCCUAGCCCCCCUCCGCCCCCUCCAUCCCCUGCACCAUACUCUACCCAGAAGGCCAACUUUUAUCUUCCCAUCAGCUUUUCCUGUCCCUCCUCCUAUCCAGAAACUAUGAUUUCUAGCUGUCGUUUCGAGAAUGUCCCAGUCUGUGUCUUCAGUGUGCGUGGCAUGUAAACAAAACCGGAGUGUCCUAUCUGAAGAAGGUGCUGUCUUUCCGUUCCCUCUGUUGGCUUUAAAAUAAAUCUACCUACAUACUCAGUUCA